UAGCAAUUUCGACAAACUCUAGAGAAUUGACCCUUCAAUAUUUUGUAUUUGUUUUAAGUAUAUCCAAAUUGCAGUCUAGUUUUGAAUUGUUGUCCAUAGAAAAGAAGGGGGUUUCUUUCAAACUGCGGAUUCCAGCCAAAAGAAAUUAAACAGUCGCUGCAUUGUGUAUCACAGAUUCAGAGGGAGAGAAAGAGAGGGUCAUUCUAGUGGACUAUUCCAAGCGGCCCAAUCAUCAUGCCACUCUUCGCCAGGAAAUCCUCAAAGCAACAGAAUUCGCAAUCUGCAGCCAGCGACGCGGGAUCCGCCGAUCACUACAAUAACAGCGAUGUAACGAUGCGAAAUCGUGGCUCAUUACCGCCGACGAUAAGCAAUAACAAUAACAACAAUAACAAUAUUGAUAAAUCAAAAGCUCCAUUGGUCUUCCAUUGCCAAUUGGCUCAUGGCAGUCCCACUGGGCUCAUCCAUGACUUCUCCAGUGUCCGCGAAUUGUAUCAAAAGAUAGCCGAAUGCUUCGACAUCUCUGAAAAGGACAUUCUUUUCUGCACCCUCAAUUCACACAAGGUGGAUAUGACUCGCCUGCUAGGUGGACAGAUUGGCCUGGACGACUUUAUAUUUGCCCAUCGCAAGGGUAGACCCAAGGAAAUUGAAAUUAUUAAAUCGCAGGAUGCUCUUGGCCUCACCAUUACCGACAACGGGGCGGGCUAUGCCUUCAUAAAACGCAUCAAAGAGGACUCUAUUAUUGACCGCAUUGAGCAUAUCUGCGUGGGCGAUCACAUCGAGAAGCUAAAUGGCCAGGAUAUGGUGGGUAAACGUCAUUACGAAGUCGCCCGCAUGCUAAAGGAUAUACCCACUGGCCAGACUUUCACACUGCGUCUAAUCGAACCUGUGCGCAGUGGCUUCCAGGGCAUAGGUCCCCGGAACUCAUCGCGUGCCUCCGGAAGUAGCCUCGGGGGACGCAACUAUGGCAGUGGCAAGGAGACGUUACGCUUCAAGGCCAAUGGCAAUGCUCAGAUCGAGCCCAAAUUCGAUGAGUCCACUGUGGCGGGAAUAGAUGCCAUUAACAAUCUCCUUGAGUCGUUUAUGGGCAUCAAUGACACCGAAUUGGCCUCCCAGAUAUGGGACUUGGGUAUUAACAAGUCCAAUUCCAUGGACUUUGCCGAGGCCAUUGAUAAUUCAGAUCUGGAAUCUUUUGGUUUUACGGACGAUUUCAUUAUCGAGCUAUGGGGUGCUAUAACCGAUGCUCGCCGUAAGAAUACUACAGAAACUUCACCGACCCCAGCGUCAAAUAAAUAGGUGAUCAAGAGAUGAAGAUAUAGAUUGGGUUUCUGCAUUAGUGUGCUAGCAAUUUAUUCGAUCUGCUGUCCCUCCCUCCUCCAACCUUCCUCCACCUUAAAAUAAAUUCAUAAAAUCAUUUUUAUCAA